GGUGUAUGUGUGGUGAGGACGCGUGUCUAAAAUAUGAUUUUUCUGACUCAUCUAUGCACUGACACUUCUGAGUUUUCCGCAUUUCACUCUCCCACCUCUCAAUCCGUUAUGUUGUGACCUCGAAAGUUGAUACCCACGCAUCACUGGAUGGAUUUCAUGAUGAUCCGGUGGACACCGCACAUGAAUUCAAGAGUCCAGUGAUAUGCUUAGCAUGCGAUAACCCAGUGCUAACUCAAAUGAAAAUCGCUCGCGAGCUGUCUGGCUGAACCACUCAGAUACGGAUCAUGCUUAACAUUAGGUGUGUCCUCAGGUUCCCGAGUCCGUCAAAAUUUUUUGUUCUGCUAGGUCUGGUAUUGAUUAUCAAGAUGACCUUGCUUGUAUCGGGAUAUUCACCUGACGCCAAUCAAGUCAUCGUCUCACGUAUGUUGCCAAAGGCGACGGCAAGAUGGGUGACUACUUGAUGAUUGUUGUCGGUCCAAAUGAAAACAUAGGCGACAUGAAACUAGAUAAAGAAGUCCUGCGCAAGACUUCUUAUACCAUCAACAUCAUCACGCACGUUACGCCUGACGCUGAUCAAAUCUUCGUCUCACGUAUGUUUGCACCUGCAGCAGAUCUCCCUGAAGAUCCGGUCUGUGGAAGCGCGCACACGUUGCUCGUACCUUACUGGGCGAGUCGGCUCGGGAAGAAGACUGAGGAGGAGAUGCAUGUUCGUCAGGUGAGCCCGCGUGGAGGAGAGCUGUGGGUGGCUUGGAAUCAGGAUGAAGGUCUUGUUCGGCUCAAGGGCUACGCGAAGGCUUUUGGAAAGGGUGAAUUCACCAUUUGAA